AAGGUUCCAAAUUCCCAAAACGUUUAGGCCGCUCUCUCUCCUGAGGCAGCCCUAGUUUUCUUCGUAUAUGUGAAAUUCUCCAUAACUUCAGUGAAAAGCUCAUCGAUAUUAAAGAACUUCCAGAUCGAAAGUCCUAAUCCAUCUAUAUGCCUGAAACUGCUGCCGCAUGGCUCUGCUGAUCACCCACGAAGGUCAGGAUUGGGAACAAUUUCUUCAAUCUCUACUCUCCUUCCUUUGAAAUUGGUUCCAUCUGCUUCUAACACUCAUUCCAUUGAAUUAACUGGAAUUACAAAGAUGGAGCCCGAUAGACGGUCAUAUUUUCAAGAUGAUCGAAGGAGCACCUGUCGGAGCUUUGGCAGCAAUAAUCAUCCCUGUAGCCAGUCCAGAAAGAUGUCCAUUGGAGUUAUGGUAGAUCAAACUGUGAAACUAAGAACUGGAGAUGGUGAGGAGAAAGUGUCUGCGCUGUCGAAUACAGAAAAAGUAACUUCAAACAGAGGAAAACUGGCAGAAGACAAAAACAAGUCAGGAAUGGUGACUGCCAUGGAAAGAAAGCAAGCAGCAGAUCCUCUGCAGGAGGUCUCCCCAUGGAUUAAUACAAGAUCAUUGCAUCAAGAAACACCAACUGCUAAGACAGUUAACUUUUAUGCUAAACAAACUUCAGUUUUACGGUCUGCCAAUGGUACACAGAAAAAGUUCAGCAAAGCAAAUGGAGGACAAAUGACAGUUCAUUUUUAUGCAAACCAGACUUCAAUUUUACAUUCAGUCAACGGAGUGGGGAAGAAACUGGACAGUGUAACUGAUGGGAGGGCAUUGGGAAAUGAUGGAACCACAGCAAGGGUGGAAGAAUCUGCAUUUGCAGCUACACUGGAAGUCUGUGUGCCAGAUGGAGGACCGGUGAAGGGAGAAACAGAUAAAACAGCAAAGAGAAGCAAUGAAGAUCUAAGAAUGAAGCUUUGGGAGAUAUUAGGGACUGAUCCUUCUCCAAAUGAACAAAAUCCAGGUACUCCUGCUCAGACUCCUGAGGUGGGUGUGGACAAUAAAAAGCCAGUUAGACAUUUGAACCAAAAGGGCAAUAAUGUUGUCAAGCCAGAACACAACUCAGAUACAAGGCAGAUGUUAGAGUCCAUUCUUUUGCCCAUUGAGCAGAUUCCAGCAUCUCAGUCCCAGAUUCUUGAAAUGGGUGGAAAGAAUUCAAAGUCAGUUGGUCAUUUGGACGAAAAGGGUAACAAAGCUGUGAAGCUAAGACAGCUGUCAGAUACAAUAGAAACUGAUACUCAAAGCACCAAUCAAACUAGCAGGAGACCAGUUACUCGUUCUUCAACUCGAAAAAAAGCUCCAGCUGCGGUGCAACUGAAGUUGCAGCACAAGGUUAACAAUGGAGGACAUGCACCACCUUCCUUGAGCCAUAGGGGUAAAUAUCAAAAGAACAUUUUCUCUUUUGAUGAUGCAGAAGGAUGGUCUACAAGAUUGUGCGGGACUGUUGAUGGAAGUUCUUCUAUGCUUGGGAGGAAGAACAAUGAGAGAAAGCAUAGCAGACUUGCACCACAGACGAUUUACCUCCCCAAAAAGGAUAACCCAGAUAUGGUUCUGCAAGUCAUUGAUAGGAGAAAAACACCACUGGCAGCAAAGAGGAUGAUAUUGCAUGGUAGAAUUGAAGGUUCUCAUGUUUCCUCUCCGCAGGCUGACAGUAAGGAUCUGCGGGCUGCUGACAUGAGAAAAACACCACCUCCAGCUGAGAAAGACAUGAGUCUGCCAGCCAAUGAUAGGGAAACACCACCUAGAUCAGAGAGGAUGAUGUCAAAUGGUAAGAUGGAAGGUUCUGAGGAUGAUCCCUCCGAGUCUGAGAGAGAUAUCCUGUGCGGCACUGACAGGAGAAAAACACCACCUCCAGUGAAGAGGACAAUGAUUCAUAGAAAUCAAAAGGAUGCUUCUCAUAAUCGUCUUCAGAAUAAAACCAAAUGUCUGCAAAGCACUGAUAGGACAACAACACUCCCAGCUGAGAGGACGCUGCCAUGUACUACUGGCAUAGAAAGUACUCAUGGUUGCCCUCCUCAGAAUAACAGAGACUCCCUUCAAACAAAGAGUGGAUUCCUAGAUGAUCAUCUCCAUUUUCCUCCUAUGAGGAAGAAGACAAAUCAACAAGAAAAAAUUAACAGUCCCCCAUCACCAAAGAAUGCACAGCAUCAAGAAGGUCUACGAAGCCCAUCAUCAAAGAAGAAUAUUCUAAAAGAUGAUUUUCACACUUCAAUGUUUGGAAUAAAACCAUCGUCACCAGCAAGUGAACCGAUGAAUCAGGAUGUCUGCAUUUCUGCACAAGCUGAGAGAAGAACUAUGGUAGAAGGUUGCUGUAGCCUGAGGACUUUGUGGGCCUCAAAACGAAGUUCUCUUGCAUUGAAUGAGCAAUCAGAAUCCUCUCAUGAUACCGGAGAGCUUAAAAAGUCAUCUAUCAGGGAAUCCUUUCCUACCAUGGGAGAAAAUGGUGCUGAAUUUCAGCUUUCUCAGUCAUCUGAAGAACAGGAUGCUGCAAGCUUGGAAGAAGAUUUGCCCAUCACUAAAGGUUGCAGGCCAACAGAUAGAUGGUCUCCAGGUAGGCCUGAAAAACCACCAGUCAUGCUUAAUGCAAAUAAGAGACGUCGUGACCAGGAAGGUAUUAAAAUCUGUGAAAUCGACCCCACCUCAACACCCCCGGAAGGGACUGAAGAGAAAAAUAAUGGGGUCCAGGGACCUUCUGACCAAAACUAUGAGGAUGGCUUGGAGAGGACUGUUGCUCUUUUUGCUCUAUCUUUAGAGAGAUUUAAAUCCAAAGUGAAGUUGCAGACAAGCAAGAAAUGCUCUCAGAUACUGGCAUCUGUUGCUGAGCGGAUACAGUUGCAGCUACAGAACGUCGAGUCUCAGAUUCAGGCAGACGUAGGGAAGUUCACAAGCCUUGGUAAGACUAAGAGGAAACGCCUGGAAACGAGAUUCCAAGAGCAACAAGAAAGACUGAAGGUUAUACAGGACAAGUUCAAGGAAGAGGUUAACCAGCAUCUCCAGGACUCCAGGAGCACACUUGAAGAGCUGGAAGCCUAUAAGAUGGACUUAAAAGGAGCUGCAAAGAAGCAAAGGGAAUCACAUCAAAAGCUUCUCUUGCAAGUGGAAGAAGCAAUAGAGGCCCAGCUUGGUGAGGUUGAGAGGAGAAUCACUACCAUCCACAAGGUGGCAAAGAAUAAGAUGCUCCAACUGAAACAUGUAAUUAACGAGAGUUCGAAAGGUGUUUUCAAUUGAUGGCGAAUUUCAGUUUUACCUUUCAAAUCCCUCGACUCGCAGAGGGAAGAGAGAAAACAGGUUCAAUUUUGUUUGGGUA